AUGUUCCUGACGGUGCUUCGUGAGCGCGUGGAGAAACGUGAGGCAGAGAAACUAAUAAAGCAUGUGAUAAAGGCUGCCGUGAAGAUUGGGGUGCUGCGCAGACAUGGACAGCUGUCGCCAGCUGACGAGCGGGCAUUAGCCGCCUUCCGGUCCAAGUUCCAUACUGUUCUGAUGGCUGUGGUAUCUUUCUGUGAAGUGGAAUUUUCAUACGAUAGAGGGUUCCUGCAGGAUGCUUUGCGUGAAUCGCACCAAUCGCUCAAGUCUGUAGUAGAGAGACACCUUUCGGACAAAUCCGUCUCCAGGUUGGCUGGUGUAUUCUCACUGGCAUCUAGAGGCGAGCUAUUAGACUCGUUGUUCGCCGGUCAGGUGGAUGAGGACGUCCUCAAGUUGUCGCGGAUGCUCCGCAAGGAACUAGACAGGGGCCUCCUUUAA